GGCUAUUGUAUGGGUUAUAAUAAAUUAAUAAAUCUGUAAAUAUAACUUACAUGUAUAAUUAUAAUAAAAUUAAUAAUAUUAAAGAAACAUUAUUAAACAUAAUCACAAAGGCUAAAAUGAAAAGACAUCCACGCAUACAUAAAUAUUUACGGAAAGUCACACUUUUGUUGUUGAACAAUCAUCUACCUGACAAAUUUACGUCAUACUAUACAAGUUUAAAAAUGUGCUGUCGUAAUUUGAAGUCAAUUUUCAACAGUGUUCGAGCAAAAUGACGUUUAAAAAAGACGGUCUCAUAAAGGACUUAUGGCCCAAUAUUCGGUUAAUACAGUUAUCUGGUUUGUUUAUAUCCGAAUAUUAUGAAGAUUAUUCUGGAUUAACUGUAUUGAUGAGAAAAAUCUACAGCUGGAUCACUACAGUUCUCAUAUACUCUCAAUAUUUAUUCAUUGUAAUAUUCAUGUUCACGAAAUCGUACGACUCUGAUCAAUUGGCAGCUGGUGUAGUAACCACAUUAUUUUUUGCUCAUUCUAUGAUCAAAUACAUGUACUUCAGCACAGGAACAAAAUCAUUUUAUAGAACGCUAGGUUGUUGGAAUAACACCUCUCCACAUCCACUCUUUGCUGAAUCUCAUUCCAGGUUUCAUUCGAUAUCCUUAGCACGAAUGCGUCAGUUAUUAGUGAUUGUAUCAAUAGUAACUAUUUUCGCCACUAUCAGUUGGACAACUAUAACAUUUUUCGACGAUAAUGUUUGGGAUGUUCCUAAUCCGGAAACAUUCAAUGAGACAAUGGCUGUUCAAGUACCAAAAUUGAUGUUACGCUCGUGGUACCCUUGGGAUGCCAGUCAUGGAAUUGGUUAUAUAGUAGCUUUUGUUUAUCAGUUCUAUUGGAUAUUUAUAACACUAACUCAUGCCAACUUAUGUGAAGUUUUAUUUUCAUCAUUUUUAAUACACGCAUGUGAACAAUUAAAACAUCUAAAAGAAAUCCUUAGUCCAUUGAUAGAAUUGAGUUCAGCACUUGAUACAGUUGCUCCAAAUCAAUCAGACAUAUUUCGUGCUUCUUCGGCUAAGAGUAUUGAAGGUUUUGAACAGGAUUACAAAACUUCAUAUACCAAUGAAAUAACUGAAUAUGGUAAUCUAACUAAAAGAAACACUGAAACAAAUGGUAAAGGACCAAACAACUUGACUAGUAACCAAGAAGUUUUAGUAAGAUCAGCUAUUAAGUAUUGGGUAGAACGGCAUAAGCACGUUGUAAAAUAUGUAGGAUUAAUAACAGAUUGCUACGGUUCAGCUCUACUAAUGCACAUGUUAGUGAGUACUGUGAUUCUGACUAUUCUUGCAUACCAAGCGACAAAGAUUAAUGGAAUAAAUGUAUUUGCUCUCUCAACGAUUGGCUAUAUUUUGUACUCAUUUGCUCACAUUUUUAUGUUCUGCAUACAUGGAAACGAAUUGAUUGAAGAAAGUUCAUCUGUCAUGGAAGCAGCUUAUAGCUGUCAUUGGUAUGAUGGAUCGGAAGAAGCUAAAACGUUUGUUCAAAUCGUAUGUCAGCAGUGUCAAAAACCUUUAAUUGUUUCCGGUGCAAAGUUUUUCAACGUUUCCUUGGACUUAUUUGCUUCGGUAUUGGGUGCAGCUGUAACAUAUUUCAUGGUGUUGGUGCAGCUCAAAUAAUUCAUUAUAGUUCAAUGAAAUUGAUAUUAGUUUAUAUGAUUUUAUCAACUGAUCAUACGAAUAUUUUUCGAUUAAGAUUAUUAUUCAAUUUGAUAGUAUAAAAUUGUAAUAAAAUUCGUUAAUUAAAAUAUAAAUUUACAUAAAUUAAUAUUAAUUUUAAAAGUAAACUUUUUUCUUGUUUUUGAAUUAUCUAUUAAUAGACUUUAUAGCUGUUUUAAUCGUAUUAUAUAAUAUUAUUA